AUGGACGUUUCUGUUGAACAGCCAGUAAAUAUUGAUGAUAGGUCUAUGUCAGACGUGGAGGAUACAACACCCGUCACGGAUUAUGAAGCUAUGGCAAAUAAAAUUAUGCCUGAACUAGGUCAAGAGGUUGAAGACUUCAAAUAUAGCACAUGGCACGUCUCAAAUUGGCGGAGUUUGGAAAAGAGGAUAACAGGACCAGAAUUCGAAGCUGGAGGUUGGAAAUGGCGAAUUUUGCUAUUUCCCUUUGGCAAUAACAAUCAUGAUUCUGUUUCUAUUUAUCUUGACUUUUCUGAUCCUAAAGGCGCUCCAUUGGGUUGGCAUUCAUGCGUUCAAUUCGCUUUAGUUUUGUGGAAUCCUGAAGAUUCAACGCAAUAUAUUGUUCAUCAUGCGCAUCAUCGAUUCACUGCCGAAGAAUCAGACUGGGGUUUUACACGAUUUUACGAUCUACGUAAAUUGUUUGUACCUUCUGACAACCGAACGCGUGCGCUAAUUGAGAAUGAAUCGACCAAUAUUACGGCGUUUAUACGAGUAUUGAAGGAUCCUACAGGUGUCUUAUGGCAUAACUUCAUAAAUUAUGAUUCAAAGAAGGAAACCGGGUAUGUGGGACUGAAGAACCAAGGCGCUACGUGUUACAUGAAUUCGUUGUUACAAUCACUUUUCUGCACGACAUAUUUCCGUAAGGCAGUCUACCAAAUUCCCACAGAAGACGACGAACCAGUCAAAAGUGUCUCCUUGGCAUUACAACGAGUUUUCUACCAAUUACAAACCUCGGAUACUCCUGUUGGAACGACGGAAUUGACAAAAUCUUUUGGAUGGGAUUCUUUGGAUUCUUUUAUGCAACACGAUGUGCAAGAAUUUAACAGAGUGUUGCAAGAUAAUCUCGAGGGAAAAAUGAAGAACACAAAAGCAGAUGGCGCGAUUACUAAACUCUUUGUUGGAAAGAUGAAAAGUUAUGUUAAAUGCGUCAAUGUUGAUUACGAAUCUUCUCGUGUUGAAGAUUAUUAUGAUAUUCAACUUAAUGUGAGAGGUUGCAAAACUUUACGAGAUUCAUUCAAAGAUUAUGUUCAAGAGGAAACGUUGGAAGGUGAUAAUAAAUACAUGGCUGAAGGUUACGGGUUACAGGAUGCUAAAAAAGGUGUCAUAUUUGAAAGCUUUCCUCCAGUUUUACACUUGCAACUUAAAAGAUUUGAAUACGAUAUACAAAAGGAAGUAAAUGUUAAGAUUAAUGAUCGUCAAGAAUUUCCAAUGGAAAUCGAUUUAGAUGAAUUUUUAUCAGAAGAUGCAGAUAGAUCGAAACCUCAUAAAUAUUUAUUACACGGUGUACUUGUCCAUAGUGGUGAUGUACAUGGAGGUCAUUACUUUGCUUUAUUAAAACCUGAAAAAGAUGGAAAAUGGGAAGUACUUGAGGAUAAUUAUGGUGGUGAACCUCCAAAUGCUAGUCCUAUCACUACAAUUCGUCCAACUGGAAGGAAUCUUAAACGAUUCACUAAUGCUUAUAUGUUAGUGUAUAUUCGUGAAUCGGAUAUUGACGAGUUAUUGUCUCCUGUCCUCCUUGAGGACAUACCUACACAUUUACAGAGACGUUUGGACGAGGAAAAAGCCAAAGAAGAACUAAGGAAAAAAGAAGUGGAAGAAAGACAUCUUUAUCUUCCUGUCAAGGUUGUUACUGCUGAAACUUUCAAAAACCAUCAAGGAUUUGAUCUCGCUAAUUUUGAUGAUCGUCAAUACCCUCUUUCUGACGUACAUUCAUAUAAAAUUUUAAAAACUGAUACAUAUGGUGCUUUUAAAGUAUAUAUUGCUCGAACUUUCAAUAAUAUUCCUCCUGAACAAAUACGAUUCUGGGUUCUUGUAAAUCGGCAAAAUAAAACCGUUCGACCUGAUGCGCCAAUACCAGAAGCUUAUGAAAAUGCGAGUAUGGAAGAUAUUCAUGCAAAGAUGGCUUCCCGGCAGAUUGAAUUAAAGUUGUAUAUGGAGGAAAUCAAACCAAACAUGAUUGAAGAAAUGAAACUCAAAUCUACUUUUCAACAAUCUGAGAUACAAGAUGGAGAUAUAAUUGUUUUCCAAAAGAUGUUAACUGAUAAAGAGAUUCAAGAGCAUUCAUCAGCUGGUCGAAUUCAUAACAUCAUUCAAUUCUAUGAAUCAUUGACUUUACGUAUUGUUGUUUCAUUCAAGCCAAAAUUGAAAGAUCGCGAUCCAAAACCCGAAUUCGACUUAGUUGCCGAACAAGUCGCUGCGCAUUUGCGCACGGAUCCUCUCAAAUUACGAUUUACCACUGCACAUUCUACAUCUGGUACACCAAAGAAUGUAAUUAAAAGAACUACCAAUCAGACCCUCUCAGAGAUGCUUCAAGCAUAUUUGACUCCAUCAUCACAUCUCUUAUUCUACGAGAUGUUGGACAUAAGUAUUGUAGAACUAGAAACGAAAAAGUUCUUUAAAAUUACUUGGCUUGGAAACACUGUUAAAGAGGAGGAGCACAAAAUUGAUAUCCGUCUUCAAAAAAAUGCCAUCGUUAAUGAUAUCUUGGAAGAAAUUUUAAAAAAGGUGACAUUAUCAUCACCAAAUGCCAGUAUCAGGUUAUAUGAAGUUAUGAAUCAUAAGAUUCACAGAGAUUGUAUAGGAACUGAACCGAUAGAAAAGAUACAAGAAUUUACGACUUUAUAUGCAGAGGAAAUACCUCAAGAUGAACUUCUCGCUGAUAACAAUGAUCGAAUUAUCCAAGUGUACCAUUUCACAAAGGAACCGCUUCGUACACAUGGGAUUCCAUUCAGAUUUGUUAUUAAACAUGGUGAGGUUUUCGCUGAUACUAAGCGACGUCUUCUGCAUCGGCUUGGUAUGAGCGAAAAAGAUUUUGCGAGAGUAAGGAUUGCAAUUGUGCCUGGAUCUUCAUACUCUAAACCUGAAUAUCUCGAGGAUGAUGAUAUAAUCUUAUCGGAUAAGAGAUUAUCGAAUGAAGAUUUACUAGGGCUUGAUCACGUAGAUAAAACUGGUCGCGCAGGGAGGGUCGGAGGGGCAGAGAAAGCUCUUUACAUUAGAGGCUAA